GGAAACCGGCAUACACGCCAAAAGUGUUUACAAUCGAACCAAGACGAGUGAGAUUGAAUUUUUUGGAGUUGAAAAAAAACGAGCGGAAUUAGGCAGAUUUUCCACAAUGACCGACAUCAAGAAGUGCUUCUACACGACGAUCCUCUCGCAGACCAUUUCCGGCGAUGGAAAGUACCUGUUUUGCGGUAGCAAUUUCGGGGAAAUCCUGAUCUACAGUAUCGACCGCAUCCUGUCCUGCAGCGAGAGUUCCAACGGUGAUCCGGACAAACCUCCGACGGCGCCACAGGCGGUCUUCCCGCUGCCGGAAAAGUGCCAAGUCUACAGCCUGUCCUUCCACAAAGACUUUUUGAUCGUUGGCCUUAACGGUGAAAUCUGCGGUUACGCGUGGAACGUGAAGAAUGCCACCAUUGGCAAGCGAGCUUGGACGGUCAAACUACCGGUUUCGGCAGAAUAUACCGACAUCAAUGAGGUCAACUACCUGUGGAUGGACAAAACGGACGAGAUUCUGUACGCCGGUUGUGGCGAUAACGUGAUGUACGCGAUUUCCCUCGAGGACGGUCGAAUCACGCGCAACUUCCAGGGUCACAAGGAUUACAUUCAUUGCGUGUCCGGUUGCGGUGGCAAGUUGGCCACCGCGUCCGAGGAUGGAUCCGUGCUGAUGUGGGACGCACGCCAGUCAAAGUUCACCGGCAAAAUUGAACCCUUUUCGAAUGACUCGUUGAACCGGCCAGAAUUUGGCAAAUGGCAGGGCACCGUGUCCAUCACGGAGGAUUGGCUCGUUUGCGGGGGCGGUCCACGCUUUUCGCUGUGGCAUCUGCGAUCGCUCGAGUGUACCACGGACUUUGCCUUUCCGGAGCGGCUGCACGUGUCCGGUUUCAUCGACGACAUGAUUUACGCAGCCGGCGAGUGCCGGAAUCUGUACCAGUACAACUUCAACGGGGACGUAACGGCCGAGAUUCCGGUUUCGGCUCCGGCCGUGUACAGCGUGGUGCAGCAGAGCGAGCCGAACAAGUUUAUGGCCAUUGCGGGGGCCGCCAGCCAGAUCGACGUUUGCACCAACUUUAGCUUCAAGGACAUUGUGCUUCAGGCGUACCAGAAGUGAGCCUUUUCUCAACCACAAUAAACCACCCAAAAUUUUCCAGUAAAAA